GAAUGAAGAAAAGAGAUGAAUAGAAUUAAAGAAGGUGAGAAGUGUCUAUCAAAGCCAGCACAUGCAAACAGAGAGUAAAGAGUCAGCAAUUUAGGCCCCAACCCCUCUCCCUAUGGACAAUUGGACAUAGACAAUUUUGAUGAUUUCAUAAAAAUAUUCAUCCUCAAUUUCCAUCACCAGACGUGCCCUCAUCACAUUAAUCUCUCUAAAAAGGUUAAGUUCUCCACUUUCUUCUGCCAAUCCCUUUUCCUCCAACGCGCUGAUUGAUUUCCCUCCCCAGAAGUCUCUUUCCUAUCAGGUUUCUUGAUCGCGGAGAGGAAAGAAGCUUGGUUAAAUUACCGGGUUGCAUUCAGAUCUGUACGUAGCUCAGUGAUUGUACUACUGCUAGCCAUGGCUGAGAAGGUGACUGUUAUGGUGCUCAAGGUUGAUCUCCAGUGUCCUUGCUGUUACAAGAAGGUCAAGAAAAUUCUCUGCAAAUUCCCCCAAAUUAGAGACCAGGUAUACGAUGAGAAGGCAAACACGGUCACAAUCACAGUGGUGUGCUGCAGCCCUGAGAAAAUUCGAGACAAAUUGUGCUGUAAAGGUUCCAAGGUUAUCAAAAGCAUCGAUAUCAAAGAGCCCCCCAAGCCCAAACAACCUGAGAAGAAGAAAGAGCCCGAGAAACCUCCUAAGCAGCCCGAAAAACCCAAAGAGCCAGAAAAGCCGAAGGAGCCCGAAAAGCCCAAGGUCGUUGUCAUUGAACAUCCUAAGGAACCAGAAAAGCCCAAAGUUGUUGUGGUUGAAAAGCCUAAAGAGCCCGAGAAGCCCAAGGAGCCGGAAAAGCCGAAGGUGGUAAUCAUUGAGCCGCCCAAGGAGCCUGAGAAGCCUAAAGAAAAGCCGAAAUCAGAUGGACCACCACCAGCCGAAAAGCCCAAGGAAGCUCCAAAGCCCGACCCGCCAAAAGCUCCUGAACCGGCCCCGAAGCCACCCCCGCCGGAGCCAAUUAUGGGACCCGGACCUGUCCCGAUAUGCGGAUACCCACCAGUUGUUCCAGUGAGGACAUGCUGCGGGCCAUGCUACGAAGGUUAUGGCGGGGGCCCAUGUUACCAGGGGUACGGAGUACCCCCGAUGCCGCCGCCAUGUUAUGAUGGGUAUUAUGGGUAUGGCAGGGGCUGCGCUGUCAGCAGAUGCGAUUACUACUUCAGUGAAGAAAACCCUCAGGGUUGCUCCAUCAUGUAAUGAACACAGGAUUGGUUAUUACCAUGGCAAUUGUCACGAUCAUGUAAUGUUCGUUCAUUGAGUACGAGGUGUUCUUUCAUUAUUAUGCCCAAAAACAAGAAAAAUAAAAUUUAUACAGAGAGAAUUAACGGUAUACAGAAAUAUGACUGCUAUUGGUUGUUGAUGUUGUUGGGGUAUUUCAAGUUGUGACACGAUUUGUGUGAAUAAAAAGUGGUCAAAUAA